UGCUAUCCGGGAUUGUUUCCCCAAGUUGUUAUGCCUGGAUGGCCAAGAGUUACCUCAGACAAUUUUUGUUGAUAUUGACAGCCCUGAGUUAAUACAACCUUGCAAGGAAAGCUAUCAACGAUCUGCAACCCUACAGCGUCUAGUCGAGCAGUUCCUGCAACAGUAUUACUUGAUCUAUGACUGUGGAGAUCGGCAGGGUCUCCUUGGGGCUUACCAUGACGAGGCCUGCUUCUCCCUGACCGUUCCCUUCAACCCCAAGGACCCAGCCCCGAGCAGCUUGUGGGAGUACUUCCAAAAUAGCAGGAAUAUCAAAAUGCUCAAGGACCCCUACUUGCGGGGGCAGCUGCUGAAGCACACAAAGCGUGACAUUGUGGACUUCCUCAGUGUGUUGCCCAAAACUCAGCAUGACCUCCACUCCUUCCUGGUGGACUUGUGGUUCCAGACGGAAACGAUGCUCUUCUUUUCUGUCAACGGGGUGUUCAAGGAAGUGGAAGGAAAGUCCCCCAGCUCUGUUCUUGCCUUCACUCGAACCUUCAUCGCUAUCCCUGGCAGCAAUUCCAGUCUAUGCAUCGUGAAUGAUGAGCUGUCUGUGAGGGAUGCCAGCCCCAAAGAGACCCAGAGCACCUUCUCCAUUCCAAAGUCCUCAUCCUCGUCCAGCUCUGAGCCCGCCCUUUCCCCGGAGCAGCAGGAAAUGGUGCAGGCUUUCUCCGUCCAGUCUGGGAUGAAACUCGAGUGGUCUCAGAAGUGCCUUCAGGACAAUGAGUGGAACUACACCAAAGCUGGCCAGGUCUUCAUUAUGCUCCAGGCCGAGGGCAAGGUCCCGGAGGAGGCCUUCAAACACACCUCCUAA